GCCCGCCCGCCUCCCGGCCUCCAUCUUCCCAGGGCGCACCGCGGCGCGCGGGUCCGCGGCCAUGUUGCGGUAGUUUGUUGUUUUCUUCCUGCGGAGGUGAAGGUCCGCUGUGGACCACGACGAGCCCGGCCUCGUCUCUGCGUACUCCUUGCCCCGGUCCUGGCCCGCAGUGCCCCACACCCCCGUUCUGCGCCACCUGUCCCGGGGCCCGGACCAGGCCCGGCGGCCCACCAGCUGGCUUGGUGGGGCGAGGCUGAAGGCCGGGCCCAGCGAGCACCAUGGCGGCCUCCCUGGGAGCUGGCGGAGGAGCAGGCGCCGGAGAUGACGACUUUGACCAGUUUGAUAAGCCUGGUGCGGAACGGUCCUGGAGAAGAAGAGCUGCGGACGAGGACUGGGACAGUGAACUUGAAGAUGACUUACUUGGAGAAGAUUUGCUAUCUGGCAAAAAGAAUCAGUCGGAUUUGUCAGAUGAAGAGCUAAAUGAUGAUCUUUUACAGAGUGAUAAUGAAGAUGAAGAAAAUUUCAGUUCUCAGGGUAUCACAAUUAGUCUGAAUACCACGUCUGGCAUGGUUACAUCGUUUGAACUGUCUGACAACACUAAUGACCAGUCUGGAGAACAGGAAUCUGAAUAUGAACAAGGAGAGGAUGAGCUAGUUUAUCACAAAUCUGAUGGAUCUGAAUUGUACACUCAGGAGUACGCAGAAGAAGGACAGUAUGGAGGCCAUGAAGCUGAGUUGACAGAAGACCAGAUAGAAUAUGUGGAAGAGCCAGAGGAGGAGCAGCUGUACAGUGAUGAAGUGCUGGACAUUGAAGUCAAUGAGCCUUUAGAUGAAUUUGCAGAUGAAGAAUACUUGCAGGCUCGCGGUGGGCAGCAGGGGCUGCACGGGCAGGAGGACUGUGUUGCUGGAGAGGCCUUAGAUGAGAUUACUGAGCCCCAGGCUGCUCCCGACACUGAAGAGGGAGGUAUGGAAACGUUGGAACUCCAAAAAGAUAUCAAAGAAGAAUCAGAUGAAGAAGAAGAUGACGAUGAAGAAUCUGGAAGAUUACGUUUCAAAACUGAAAGGAAAGAAGGAACAAUUAUUAGGCUCUCAGAUGUAACUAGAGAGAGAAGGAACAUUCCAGAAACUUUGGAGCUUUCAGCAGAGGCCAAAGCAGCAUUGCUUGAAUUUGAAGAAAGAGAGCGGCAGCAUAAACAGGGACGCUAUGGCUCCAGGAGGGGAGGCCGGCGAGGAGGUCCGCUGAUGUGUCGUGGCGUGGGGGACCAGAGGAGAGAGAGCAGCGAGAGGGGCAGGAUGAAGGACCACAGACCUGCGCUACUCCCCACACAGCCUCCCAUCGUGACUCAGUCUCCAAGAUUAAUUCCUCCUCCGCAGCCACAGCCACCGCCACCCCCACCGCCACCCCCGCAGCAACAGCCGAUCCGGAGUCUAUUCCAGCAGCAGCCACAGCUCCAGCCACUGCUGCCCCUGCAGCACCCACACCACCCUGCCCCGCCACAGGGGAUGCACAUGCCUCCGCAGAUGGAGACCCCGAGGAUCAUGAUGACCCCUCCUCCCGUGACCCCACAGCAGCCCAAGAACAUACACAUCAACCCACACUUCAAAGGGACAGUGGUGACUCCUGUUCAAGUGCCCUUGCUGCCAGUUCCCAGCCAGCCGAGACCUGCUGUGGGACCCCAGAGAUUCCCAGGCCCCCCAGAAUUUCCACAGCACACACCAGGACCUGUUCCCAACAGCUUUAGCCAACCCCCCCGACUUCCUCUCCAGGACCAGUGGAGAGCCCCACCCCCACCUCAGGAGCGAGACCCCUUCUUCCUAGGAGUUUCAGGCGAGCCAAGGUUCCCGAGUCACCUUUUUUUGGAACAGCGAAGUCCCCCUCCUCCGCCACCUCCUCCCACACUUCUUAACAGCAGCCAUCCUGUCCCUACUCCGAGUCCCUUACCAUUUACUCAGCCGGGACCAGCAUUCAGUCAGCAAGGGCAGCAGCCAGUGUUCCCAAGAGAGAGGCCUGUGAGACCAGCCCUGCAGCCCCCAGGUCCAGUGGGGAUUCUGCACUUUAGCCAGCCAGGGUCAGCACCCACACGGCCUUUCAUCCCUCCCAGACAGCCCUUCUUGCCUGGUCCGGGACAGCCAUUUCUGCCCACGCACGCGCAGCCCAACCUGCAGGGGCCCUUGCAUCCCCCGCUGCCUCCUCCGCCCCAGCCCCAGCAGCAGCCGGCUCAGCAGCAGCCCCCCCACCACCAGCACCAGCCCCCGCACCAGCCCCCACCCCAGCACCAGCCUCCCCCACAGCACCAGCCACAGCAGCACCACCACCUUUCCGUGCCACCCCCGCCUCUGAUGCCCAUGGCCCAGCCGCAGUUCAGGCCUCACGUACAGACCGCUCAACCCCAGCCAAACAGCAGUCGGGUGCAGUGCCCCCAGCGCCAGGGCCUGAGGCAUAAUACAACUUCUCAGAAUGUAUCCAAGCGGCCCAUGCAGCAAAUGCAGCCAACUGCUCCAAGAAACAGUAAUUUGCGUGAGUUACCCAUAGCACCAUCACACGUCAUGGAGAUGAGUGGCAGUCGCUGCUCCUCCACACCCUCGGCUCAAGUGAAACCUAUCGUUAGCACAUCACCACCCUCGAGGGCUGUGCUGGCUUCCCGGAGCUCACAGGGAAAGACUGAAGCAAAAGUCAAGCCAGUUAGCCCUGUGGCUCAAACCAAAGAAGAAGCAAAGGUGGAACCAGAGUUUCCUGAUGAAGAUGAGGAAACAAGGUUAUAUCGCUUAAAGAUAGAAGAACAGAAACGCCUAAGAGAAGAAAUCCUUAAACAGAAGGAGUUACGGCGGCAGCAGCAGGCUGGUGCCCGGAAGAAGGAGUUACUAGAGAGACUGGCACAGCAGCAGCAGCAGCAGCAACAGCCGCCACCGCCCUAUGCCCCACCAUCCCUGGCAGAGCAGGAGGAGCCGGCAUCUUCACCCUCUCCCACCAAUGGUAACCCACUGCUGCCCUUUCCGGGUGCUCAGGUCAGACAGAACGUGAAGAACAGACUUCUUGUUAAAAACCAAGAUGUCACUGUUUCAAAUGUGCAGCCCAAAACAUCGAACUUGAUAGCACCUGGUGCCACCAUGCCAUAUCAAGGGCAGCAGGUGAGACCACUGAGACACCUGAGACAGGCCAGAGCAGCCCUUCCGAGCCAGACACAGCCCCUGCACAGAGCACCCCAGAUGACACCUGCAGAAGCAGAGGAGGCUGCCCGGGGGGCGUCCAGUCAGGGCCGGCCCCAGGACACGAAGCCUGGUGGGAAAAGGACUGUGACACACAGGACAAACAGCGGUGGUGGAGAUGGGCCCCACAUCAGCUCCAAGGUCAGGGUGAUUAAGCUGUCAGGCGGGCAGGGAGGAGAGAGUGAUGGCUUCUUUCACCCUGACGGCCAGCCCCAGCGGCUCCCUCAGCCUCCGGAUGUGGGACCACAGCCUGCCCGCAAGGUGACGCUGACCAGGGGGGGCCUCCAGCAGCCUUCACACCCCCUACCAGGGCCUCAUGCACACUCAGCUGUUCCUCCGGGGAUCAAAAGUAUCCAAGGAGUUCAUCCUGCCAAGAAGGCCAUCAUGCACGGGCGGGGCAGAGGGGCAGCAGGACCCAUGGGCCGGGGGCGCCUGGUGCCCAACAAGCAGAACCUGCGGGUGGUGGAGUGCAAGCCGCAGCCCUGCGUGGUGUCUGUGGAGGGGCUGUCCUCAUCAACCACUGACGCCCAGCUCAAGAGCCUGCUGAUGUCUGUGGGACCCAUUCAGAGUUUACAGAUGCUUCCCCAGCAACGGAAAGCCAUAGCUAAGUUCAAGGAGCCAGCCCAUGCAUUGGCGUUUCAGCAGAAGUUCCACAGGCAUAUGAUAGACUUGUCUCACAUAAAUGUGGCCCUGAUCGUGGAGUGAUUCCAGCAGGAGACCUGACCUUGUGCUGUACACACACUGUGGGAUUUCUUCGAGGAAGCUGCCACGGCGCAGAGCCCCAGGAGCUUAGAUCUCUCCGGCUGUUGUCUGGAGCGCCAGCCGGCCACAGGGUUGAUUCCAGGAGAGCUGAACUUAACUUACACAGCACGCUGGAGUUUGGUGUUAGGUUGAUUCCUUCAGAUUCUGUUGUCACCACAAAGAACUCCAAGUUUUUCGUUUUCUUUUGUUUUCAAAGUGCUUACAAUGCAUGUAGACGUUGUUCUUCGUGAUCUGACUGUGUGAUCGGUCACAAGGACUUAGAUUCAGGAAAGAACAUUAACGUCACAAAUUCCAAGUAUUUUUCACAGUGAAGAAUCUUUGAUAAUGGUUGCACUUAUCUUCAGUGCAGGCUAGAAAAGUCUUCUCCACCACGCUCAGCCUGCGUGGUCUUCUCAGAAAGCCCUCAAAUGGCUCUUAUAAAAACGUAGAUUAAAAUUUGGGUGACGAUUAAUUGACAUUUGCAUAUCCUGGAGAGCCAGGGUGUGAGCGGGGUGGUCGGGAGUGGUGCCAAUUGAACAGAGAUUCUGCUUCUUGUCAGUAUUUCAAAAGCGCCAACUGUAUGCUCCUAGUCCGAGGGUGACUGCUGCUUCCUUGGGUUCUUUCACAGUCAGGUGAGAGGGCUGGACAGGCCCCUGGCCGUGGUGCCCUCACCCAGCAGCCCACGGCCCACGGCUGGGUUCUGACCCCAUGGGGCAGAGGAGCAGCCUGAAGGCAGAGCAGGCCCGUCUAGGCUUCUUCCUUGUUAAAUGCAGCUCACAGUGGCCUGUUUUGUUGUGCUGGCUCUGUCAUAUAUGACAUUCUUUGGGAAGCUGGUUAUCAUUGCUUUGAUUACCCUUUUUUAUUUUUGAAGGCCACUGAGCAGGAACCACACUGUCCUUCAGCGGAUCUGAGAGCAAGGUGGUGCUCCCUUGUGGUGUGAGGGCGGCUGUCAGCCAGGGACAGUGGAACCUGAAAUGAGACGUGUCUGUGUCAUCAUCGAAAUCGCUUUUAGUAAUUCUAGGUAGGUUCCCUUAGGUGAGACUUAGUCUGCUUAAGAAACCUUAGUGGAAUGAAUUCAUUCUUGGAAAACACUGAAAAAGUGCCUUAUUAUAUUCUGCUUAUAAAGAAUUUUACUGUUUUGGAUAUAUUCUGAAGUGGCCCUAAACUAUUUGAGCAAAUACUACGAGGGCACACUCAGAUUUUUUAGCUGUCUUUUAUACCUACAAUUUCAUGUCACAUUUACUAAUAGAAUUAAGGGAUCUAGAAGCCUGUUAUCACUUACUACCUCUGCAGUGAGCGCAGCCCCAGGGCUGUCACCUCCGGAAGGAGGGGCUGACGAGAAGGGCACAAGGCUUGUCUCAUCUCGUGUCUGCAGCUGACAUUUUCUAUGCUUUUUCAAAUUAAGUUACCAAAACGUUAUUAAGCGGAGAAGAAUAUUCCAGACCCUGCGAGGCUUUCCGUAGCAUUGACUACUAAAUGGCAUUGUGUGCUACAGAGAAAAACAGGCAGCUGCAGGUGUGUUUUGGUGGCUGCUUUUCAGAAACUGCUGGUCCGGGGAAGUCAGGCACUCACAGGCUAUGCUAGAAACCCUGCAACUAUGGUACCAGCCCCUCUGUUUCAGAAAGCCGUGGGCCACCUUUGGAGGGUGGGGUCGGAAGGCAGCCCUGCCCGCCAUGCAUGCAGGAGGGCAUCCAAACAGCUGGCCCACAACUGCACUGCCCACUGUGUUCACAGUGAGAUCCGAUGUGUUUCUCUAUUUAAAAGGCGUAGUUUAUCUGUCUCAGUCACAGAGAGCAGCGUUGAAAGGAGUGAGUUUGUAGCCCAUAGGCUCUGUUUUUAAACAGAGCUCCAGACCACCUAGUGCAAGGGUGGUGGGCAGGCUUAGACUCCUGUGUCACCGAGAGCUUCCUGGUGCAAUAAGUGAGUUUAACUAACUUCUGCCACUUUCUGAGGUAGCUGAGUGUGCUGUGGUUUAAAGACCACAAGUCUGCAGUUGUCUGGGAAGUGGGGAAUGGAAGCUUCUCUGCAGUUAGUGUAGUGACGCUGGGCCCGUGGGCACCAGUGUGCAGCACAGGCUUCCUGCACCCAAAGCCCUGCUUUUGGUGUUGUCUCAGUGUCAUGUGGAACCUGGGAGGUGUGUGUGUCAUAAGUGUCCACACACAAACAAGUUUUCUCUUGAUAGAAUGUUCUGGAAGGACAAUCAGCAUAGUCAGCCAGACCUGUCCUAAAGCACCAGUUACGACAGCCGCACACAGCCCCGCCUCUUAAUGCUAACGAUCAUUGAAAAUGGGCUCUUAGCACCUGCCCAUCUCAGUAAUACAGAGUUAGUUUCCUCGAAGGAAACCACAGAAAAGGAAAGAAGCAGAAUUAGAAAGUAAUGUUAUUUCCACUUUUGGUGCCCUUCUCUCAGUGAGUCAGACCGCGUAAGCUGGACCCUCGUGGAAGAUCUGCUGCAACCAUUAUCUCUGUUCUUUCUUUAUCAUGCAUUUGAAAUGAGAUGCAGGGCGUUGAGCAUAGUGUAAAUACGGACCUUGCAGAAUGACAAUGUUAUUGGGAAUGCUUUCAACUCAGCAACAUCUUAGCUACUUGUUAGUUCUUUUGUGUUGUCUUAUCAAAGUUUAAUGGAGACAGUUCCAUAAUUGUUGUGUUUGUGUGUAAAUUCGACUUUUAUAAAGAUGGUAGUAAGUCAAUACUUUUAUCCUGAUCUGUGUAUUAUUUGUUCACAAAUUCAAGAAGCUUAAAGGCAGUAAAUAUCAAUAUAUCUCAUAAGGUAAAAACCAGUGGAUAAUUAUGUGGAGCCAAGUUACUUUUUCUUUUUGCGUUAUCUUGUUUUGAUUUUGUGAUGUAACGUAAGUUCGCUUAGCAGCUUAUCUGAACGUAGCAUUGCUUUGCCCUCGGUCUGGCCACGUUUGUUAAAUCCAUAUCUGAUACUCUUCUAAAGGGUAAAUCUCUUCUUUCCAAGAGAGAUUCUGAGGGGUACCCCCUCUGAGAGAGCAGGUGGCAACCUGUGCAGAUGCUGCACCCUGCCUUGCCGGGCGAGUUGGUGGGUGGGAUGGGGUGUGGUUUCCUCGUGCCUGUUUUUAAUAUGGGUAGUUCUGAACUUGCUCUGUAAAGGCCCUGGACAAACAGCGGUUUAAGCUUGGUUCCUUAGCAUUUCUGAAUUGUGACAGAGCUUUCAUCCUGCACCCAGGGUUUUUUUCCCUCAAAUAGUAUUUUGCUGAAUUCUGCAAAGUGAAGGCUUUGUUUCUGAGGGAGGUGGGAGAGGAGUGUAGUGGGAAGGGGGGGUGGGCUGUCACCUCAGUGUUAACGGGACACUUCCUUCUAACACUCUGGCCUGUGAGGGCAGGUCACCCGGUCAGUCACGGUGGAAGCAGCUGGGCAUAUGUGCUGGAUGCCCCCUGCGCCUGGCACCUGCUCAGCUCCACACAGAUCCAGGUGUGUGAGGCAGGGGAGGCGGAGGAAACCUAAGGACUUGGACUUUUUCUCCUAGGAUGGGUUUUAAGAACCAUCCAUGUUUUUCUUCUUUUGGCUUUUUUUUUUUUUAAUUUC